AGUAAUGAAUAGCUUUACCAAAUUAUGUUAGCUAGGUACAUUUUAUGUAAAAGAGACUUUCAUCGGGAAGCAGACAAGUGGCUCAGAAAAGUUGAAUCUCACAUAUAUAUCGUUUACUCCGAAACUUCUAACAAAGCUUGCUAUCUGUUUGUUGGAUCCCAAGUAUCAUUGGUGUAAUUGAAAGAGAACAGUUAGCUAAGGUACCGCUUCAUAUCACGACCGUGAUGGGGUGCUGCAAGGAGAAAGACCCUGCUAAGGCAGCUGUUUGGCAUGCACUCAACUACUAUGCCUUCGAGGAUGCCAGUUUCUUAGCAGAGCGUCUUUUUCUUGAGAACAAAGGCUGUGAGACGCUAUACCUCUUGGCAACAUGCUAUUACCGACAGGGACGUGUUGCUGAAGCCUAUGAUCUGCUCAAGAAGUCCCACAGCACCACCCCUAAAUGCCGGCUUUUGUUUGCUCAGUGUUGUGUAAAACUGAACAAGUUAUCCGAGGGUGAACAGACCCUGGUGAACACUAGCACUGACGGAACACUUGCGGCUAUUGAGAACAGUAUCACGGCUGAGUUUCAGGAGAUUUCAGGCAUUUGUCUAAGCACCCUCGCUACCAUUUACAGGAGAUGUCACAGACUGGAGCAUGCUGUUUACUUCUAUAGAGCAAGUUUGAAGCGAAAUCCUUACCUCUGGUCCAGUUAUGCUAACUUGUGUCAAGCAGGAGAAAAGGACAGUCCUGACGACUACUUUAAGACGACAAACUGUCCCUCCUUUGUAGCCCAAACCUCUUCCCCUGGUGCCCUCAGUGAAAUCACAAACGACAUGAACCUCGUUAAUCCUGGGGAGAAGAUCUAUCAGAACUACACCCCCAAGUGUACAUUUGGACAGGUUUUAGCACACUCUACACCCAUUUCCAGCGGCAAUAACAACCAAAUUCCCAGUUCAGUACACUGUACCCCCGAUCAGAUAAGGGACCACCUCUCCAAUCACAGAGACAGAGUGGUUGAAGACGAUAACCCUUGUACGACCCCUGGCUCGGCUCUUAGAAAACAGGGUGAUCCAUUCUGUAGCAGCAAGGUCAGGAGAAGUUCCCGUUUAAUGACUAGUGGGAGAAAUAUGAAGUCAAAGGAGAAUGAUAGGAAAGCUGGAAAUAAAGCUCAAAGAACCGGUCCCAGUAUUAUCGGAGAUGCGUUCAAGAAGUCAAGCACCAAAGACAAGUCAAUAUUAAGUAAAAGGAACCCAAACAUGAUCAUUAGCAGUAUCAUGAGUCUGUUUUCUCAGCUAGGACAAGCAUAUCAGUCCAUCUGCCAGUAUGAGUGUAAGAAAGCGCUCCAGUUGUUCAACAAACUCCCUAAAAACCACUACUCGUCCGGCUGGGUGUUGAGUCAGUGUGCUAGAGCGCUUUACGAAAUGACAGAGUAUAACCAGGCAGCUAGAAUAUACCAGUCAGUUCAUCAGAACGAAUCAUCCCGCUGCUCUGAUCUUACAUUCUACGGUACCUGCCUGUGGUACACGCAACGCGAAGUAGAACUAUCCGCACUGGCCAAUGAGAUGCUCGAGGCCAACAAGAAUUCUCCAGAGACGUGGUGCGCAGUUGGCAACUGUUUCUCCCUCCAAAAAGAGCAUGAGACAGCUAUAAAAUUCUUCGAGAGAUCAGUCCUGGUCGAUCCAGAGUUUGCUUACGGCUACACUUUACUUGGUCACGAGUACAGCUUUAUAGACGAGCUGGAUGACGCUAUGAACUGUUUUAGACAUGCUGUUAGAAUAGACCCCCGCCAUUACAACGCUUGGUACGGUAUAGGACAGAUAUACUUCAAACAAGAGAAGCACGAAUUAGCGCUCUGCCAUUUCCGGAAAGCUCAGAGUAUAAACCAAAGUAACGCAGCCAUUAUGGCACACAUAGCUGUGGUGUUGAAUGCUAUGAAGAAGCACAAAGAAGCACUGAAAGUGCUAACUAAAGCGCUCGAGCAGCACCCAAAGCACCCACUGUGCAAGUUCCACAAAGCGUCCACUUUAUUGUGUCUGGAAAAGUGCGACAGUGCGUUGGGGGAGUUAGAUGAGUUAGAAGCGAUCACUCCUACAGAAAGUCUUAUCUACUUCCUUAAAGCGAAGAUACACCGCAAGAUGGGAAACUCGCACCUAGCUAUGAUGCACUUCUCCUGGGCCAUGGACCUCGACCCCCAGGGGAGCAACAAUCACAUCAAGGAGGCAAUAGACAAACACUACCAACCUGACGACCUAUCAGCUGAGAACACAUAACGAUAACCGUCGCGAAGUGCUGUUCAAGUAUUGCCGUGUAUAUUACGGUAUUAUGAGUUAUGACGGAACGUGUCUUGGUUACGCUUUGCCGUAUCCAGUCACGGUGUGCCCUCUUGUGCUGUGUCACAAUAGUGUACAAAUAACAGAGAUAAAGGGAAUGAUGCCUGAUUGUCAGUGCGUGUGUGCGUGUGUGGAGUACUGGACACUUUCCAAUACAUCAGUCAUAUUUCCUGUGCAAGUGGUUUUGUUAAGGUGUCAUAGUAUGAUAUUGAUUUUAGCUGUAUAAAUUCUAUUGUUCCUUGUUGCUGUGACUGUCAUUAUUUCAUGGUUUUUACUAAUUUUUACACUCGAAAGUCGAAACUAUGAGACAGGCCCCUUGAAACUAUCUCCGCGUCUUGAUUUUUUAAAUCCCGCUUUAAAAGCAUCCUUACAUUACAUUGCAUUCCAUUUUAGAUCGUAACUGAUUGAUACAAGUAAAAUUGGGCUAAUAACCAUGAUUAUAGUGAUUAGGUCCUAUUAUUCCUAUAUAAAUUUAUUUGUUAAAGAAAUCUCAACCGAAAGGUCUGGCUGUUGUGUUAUGUCUUGAAUAUUUAAUGUUAUUUCCAAUGUAAUGUAACGGUGUUGCUGUAGCUGUCUUAGAGUGUGCUUUAACAGUUAAAAUGGGAAUCUAAAUAUCUUCAUUUUCGAGGUUAUUGAUAUGUUUUAUGGUCUUAGUUAAUAUUAUGUUAACGUUGUCCCUGUAGAGAUCGGACAUGUGGCCAAUUAUUUCAUUGAAUUUGAACUGCCUUUUAAAAAGUGUUUGAAAUUGUUCAUUUAUGUGAACAGUCAACUUUGACAAGCCACUGCGAUUCCCACUACGCCAUACGAGUUAUGUGCACAAUGUCUGUUUACAUUUUUGUUAGUUACACUGUCAAUCAAAAUGAAUCAUUCAGUAAUAUCCCUAAAUAGUGUACCGUUUUAUUUGUAAAUAUUAACCUGGACGUUUUAAAAGGAGGACUACAGUUUUAGACAUGCAAGAGUUUUCUUAUUUUCCUCACCAGUGUCACUGGGAUAGUUUGAAAGAUCUACCGAUCAUCUGAGCAAGGAAAACUACGAUUUUAUGCUUCAAGAUAAGUUGUUUCAGAUCCCUGGAUCCAGAUAAAUAACAAUUGGGAACUUUUUUGAGUGCAUUGAUAAUCAUAAGUAUUUUAUAUGUGUAUUGUUAAAAUGAAAUAUUGUUACAUGAUGA